CUUCCUUUUACUCGUGCCUAAUAGUGAGAGGAGCAGGGAGGUUUUGGCCCUCCAAGAAAAUCUGUUUCCAUCUUCUUCUAAGAGGCACUUUUAUACUCGCCAAAAUGACCGAGCAGAUGACUGUUCGAGGUACCCUGAAGGGGCAUAGUGGAUGGGUCACUCAAAUCGCCACAACUCCUCAGUUUCCAGAUAUGAUUCUGUCUGCAUCUCGAGACAAGUCUAUUAUCAUGUGGAAAUUGACACGUGAUGAGACAAACUACGGAAUCCCCCAACGUGCUCUCAAGGGACACUCUCACUUUGUGAGUGAUGUGGUCAUCUCUUCUGAUGGCCAGUUUGCCCUGUCUGGCUCCUGGGAUGGUACCCUCCGCCUGUGGGACCUUACUACUGGCACCACAACCCGUCGCUUUGUGGGACAUACCAAGGAUGUGUUGAGUGUUGCCUUCUCUGCGGACAACCGUCAGAUUGUGUCUGGAUCCCGGGACAAGACCAUUAAGCUCUGGAACACACUGGGUGUGUGCAAGUACACCAUUCAGGAUGAGAGCCACACAGAGUGGGUCUCGUGUGUGCGCUUCUCCCCCAAUAGCAGUAACCCCAUCAUUGUGUCUUGUGGCUGGGACAAAAUGGUCAAGGUAUGGAAUCUGGCUAACUGCAAGCUGAAGACCAACCACAUUGGCCAUACUGGGUACCUGAAUACAGUCACUGUGUCACCUGAUGGCUCUCUUUGUGCUUCAGGUGGAAAGGAUGGUCAGGCCAUGCUGUGGGACCUGAAUGAGGGCAAGCACCUCUACACCCUUGAUAGUGGUGAUGUCAUUAAUGCUCUUUGCUUCAGCCCUAAUCGCUAUUGGCUCUGUGCUGCCACAGGCCCCAGCAUCAAGAUUUGGGAUCUUGAGGGCAAGAUCAUUGUUGAUGAGCUGAGACAAGAAGUCAUCAGCACCAACAGCAAGGCUGAACCCCCACAAUGCACAUCCCUGGCCUGGUCUGCAGAUGGACAGACCCUGUUUGCUGGCUACACGGACAACCUGAUCAGAGUGUGGCAAGUCACCAUUGGAACACGAUAAAGGUUGCCUGAUCAGUCUUCAAUUAAAAAGUUUUGAAGAGUAA